CACACGCACAGAAACACACGCACAAACACCAACACAAGUACACCACGGCGGCGGCGACCGCGAUGUCGAAUGUCGAUUCCGUCCUCAGUGUUCGUUGGUGUCGGUUGUGCGUAGGUUUUCGUCGUGCGCCUUUCGUACACAUUUCCAAGAUAAAAGAAGUGAAAACGGUUUGGUUUCGAUUUGUUAUUUUUUUUCCACCCGGACGGAAAUGACUAGAACACGACUAAUAGGCACUCACUCGCACGCGAUGAUCGACGAUCGCGUCCACCGGGUUAUCGUCGUGGUGGUUUUCGACCGCGAAUAGAAGAGACUUGCCCAAACGGGAUAAAUAAUAUCGUAAUAGUAUAUUAUAGUUUAUCGUUAUUGAACGUGUGUGCUGCGUGCGUUUGUGUUUUUUGAGUUGGAUUGUGUGAGAGACCGUUAGUGUGUGUGUGUGUGCGUGUGCGUGUAUUACCGCUCACACCAUGGAAGGUAACGGGGUCGGCAAAGAUUGCAAUGCCCUCGGCGGAUUGUUCCAGCAGAUCGUCAUGGACCUGAAGAAUGGAACUCCAAUGUGGGAAGAUUUCAUGGCAAAAGCUACAAAACUUCAUACGUGUCUUCGAGCAACUAUUCACGCGAUUGGAGCUUAUCUGGAUGCUUUUCAAAAAAUUGCUGAUGCUGCCACUAAUGCCAGAGGUGCUACUAAAGAAAUUGGAACUGCUUUGACCAGAAUGUGUCUUCGUCAUAGAGCUGUUGAAGCUAGAAUGAAAACAUUUUCAAGCGCAAUAAUGGACUGUUUGGUGGUUCCGCUUCAAGAGAAACUAGAAGAUUGGAAGAAGACUAUUGUCAAUCUGGACAAAGAGCACGCUAAAGAAUAUAAAAAAGCCAGAGCUGAGUUAAAAAAGCGGUCUACGGAUACACUGCGCUUACAAAAAAAAGCACGCAAAGGUGCUAAAAUGAAUGAACUGCACAAAGCCUUGCAAGACGUUUCUGAUAGAAAAGCUGUAUUGGAAGAAACAGAAAAAAGAGCAGUUCGUGAAGCAUUAAUCGAAGAACGAAGUCGUUAUUGUAUUUUUGUAACAAUUUUGAAACCAGUCCUCGAAGAAGAAGUGGCCAUGCUUAUGGAACUAUCUCAUUUACAAGAAGUUAUGGAUAAAUUAGAAGCACAUACUACUGAGCCGUACUCAUUACCUCCAGCUAGUGAACAGGUGUUGGUUGACUAUAAAGGUAGUGAAAUGUCAUGGACACACCAAACACCCCCAAGUAGUCCCAGUUCGUUGGGUUCACGUAAAUCCAGUAUGUGUUCCAUCAAUUCAAUAAACAGCUGGUCUAGCGGCAGUACACAUUCACCAAGCCAUCAAUACUGGAGCCGCUCAUUGCUUCAGCCAGUAUCCAAUGAGCUACGUUACAAAGGACCUUUACCUCCUAGUAGAUUAUGCAGUGCUUCAUCUCAUGAUUCGGGAUUUACAUCCCAAGACGCAAUUUAUACAAAACAACAAUCAUACUCAAAGGCUCCUAACUCAUCUGAUUCCAAUAGUAGCAGUGCUGGAAGCAGUACACCAUCUACACCAUUUGCUAGUUCUGAAGGCGGAUGUGGCACAUGGCCCAAUGCUCAGGAAACAUUGCAAUUUGAACGUGCUGCGUCAGCCAUUAUGAAUGAUGCAAGACCACACACAAUUUCAGGUGGUGCCCACCAUCAACGGCCAGCCCUUAGCGCGUACACAUUUCAACCUGAUUCUUCUUCUAUUGAUAAAACCCCUGUUGUUUCACCACAAGAUGAUUAUGCUCAUGUCCCUGAUGUCCCGUCCAGAGAUAUGCACAAAAGUUAUAAUCCAACCUCACUAAAAACAAUUGAAUAUAUUCAACCAACAUAUGUCAAUAUGCAUGAACUAGCUAGUAUGGCUGCCAACAAAGCUCAAGAAAGAAAUUCACAGCAUAACGAGCCUUCUUCAAUCGUAAAUUUGAAAAGCGAUGGAGAUCGAAAGGAGAGCACUAGUGAGAGUUCUCUGGAGUCUUCAAGCGGCUAUAGUAGUCAAACAGCAAUAUCAAAUGCCACUCCUGAUGAAGAAGUGGAAAAUUCACUUCUGAAAUAUUGUACAUUGGAUAGUCGAAAUAUUAGUGCCAUCAAAGAUCGUGUAAGGCCUGUAUCUACAUUGGGUUAUUCCAGUCUUAGAAGCGGUACACUGUGUCGUCGGUCUUCUAUACAAAGCAACAAGCCACCUCCACCUAUACGCCGUACACCGUCCAUUUUAAACAAUUCAGUACAAAAUCUACCUCCUCCACCGCCAUUUUUACUAGAUAUUACUGCAGAACAACGUCAGCAAAGUCGUUCACAAACAUCGUUAACAUCAGAAAAAGUAUAUUCUGAACCCAUGACACAUCAACGUAAAUCGUCUGGUGGAAAUGUGGCGGAAACUGUACGUAAUCUAACACAACUCAAUCAUACACCUGCAAGUCCUAUUUUAUUGCGCCGCACUCCGAGUAAUCGAUCAACAAGUGCUGAUCGCUGUAAUAGCCGUUCAUCUGAGCCAGUUACUGGGUUUAUGGCAGCUUUAGGCUCUAGACUAUUACAGCAGCAACCUAAAACAACAAGUGGGUCUCCUAAGUUAGGCAGACGUUGGAUUGCUCCUGCCAGACACUCUGUUGUGGAUCCAGCCACAUGUCAUGAUUCACUAAUGGAACAAAUAAGGAAAGGUAUGGUGUUAAGAAAGUCUAUUGCUGUCAAUGACAGGUCAGCACCUAAAACUAAUUAAAAGUUAAUACACUAAGUUAAUGUUGUUUUUCUUCGAUUAUUAAGAAUUUUCAUGAUUUUAUUUUGUAAUACCUAAUCAAUUUAAUUUAAACAGAAAAUUCUAAUAUAUUUAUAAUUUCAAAUUUUUCACAUAGUUAUUGGAUUUAGAAUUCUUCUAAGACUAAAAUAAUCUCAUAAACUAUGAAAUCCAUGGUAACAUAAUAUUUCUAACAGUUACUCAGUAUCUACUACUAAGAAAAUAUAUAUACAUUCUAAACUUGAGGCACGAGUUAUAAAAUAAUAUGUAGGAUUUCUUUCUUAUUUCUUAUAAGUAAGUGUUUUUUGACCAAGGUGAAAAAAUACUAUGUAUAAGCUCUAUCAAAUCUUUUAUGGAUAAUUUGAACUUGAGUCUAGUAUAUUGAUAUCAUUCCAGACAUGUAUAUUUUUUUUACUAACACAUUCCGUAGUUCAUGGUGAUCACUUAUAACUAAAUGUUUAUUACACAAAACAUAAAACACUCACAUUUGGCAUACCAAAAUUAUUCCAAAAACUAUUAAUUUAGAUAUCAUUCAAUAGUCAAUAUUAUAAAUGUAUACACCUGUGUUCAUUGAUAUAAUUAAUUAUGUUCUGACUUUCAGUAUACACUUAAUGCUAAUAUAUUAUGCUCUUUUUUAGAAAUAUGAUAUUGUUUAAAAAGUAAACAGUUAUUAUAUAAAACCAAAGUCAAUUUGACAUCCGUCUAUAAACAUUUAUUGAUACUUAUCAAAAUAUAUUAAUGUAUGAAUUUGUAAAUGCAUUAAAACUAUUGAUGUAUUGUAUAAUCUUUAUUUAUAUAAUUAUUAUUAUUAUUAUUAUUAUUAUUAUUAUUAUUAUUAUUAUUAUUACUAUUAUUAAUAUUACUUUUUUGUAGUUGAUUUUUUUUUUUGUAACAAAUAUUUAUUUAUAUUAUGUUUUUUUUUGUGUAUAGAAAAUUGUGGAUUUGUUUUUAAGGGUUCAUAAUAACCGUUUGUUGUAUGAUUAAU